UAUGGAUGCUAAAACUACUAACCAUGAGGGGUCACUAUAAGCGUAGGAAGAUGGUUUGGGAUUGGAGCAUGGUUUGGGCUCGUAAAGACACCAUAAGUACAAGUGACCGAGAUUAUUUAUCCUGGACUCUGGUGUGGUUGGAUAGGGGUCGUCAACAAAUUCCCGGUGGAGGCGUGAUCCAAUCCCUUGAAAUCCUAGAUGUGAGCAACAACAAGAUCAAAGCGUUUCCAGAGCGUCCGGGAACCCUGGUCAAUCUCAAAGUCUUACAUCUGGGGGAGAAUCGCAUAACGGCUUUACCGAGCUACUUCCCUGGCUUUCGGGCUCUUGAAUUACUCAUAAUCGAUCAAAAUCCUAUUGAAUGGCCGCCGCCGCAUGUCCUGAGCGCCAAUGCUAACAGCACCGAUGCGCAGGUGGCGGCUCGAUGGGUCAGUCGUAUACAAGGGUGGAUACGUGACCAUUUAGCGCGACAUGAAAGAUCAAGCAUCGAUGAUUCUUCAAGUGACUGGCGCCCCGAAA